ACAAGAUGGCGCAAUAAGCACAAACAGAUAUCGCAUUCGUUAAGACAUUCUCACGUCAUCUUACAUAGGUUAGGAAUAGUUCUUCUUUAGUGAUUUAAGAAACAUUAGUAUAAAUUUUGUAUAGUGUUUGUCCUACAACAUAAGAUUCAUCGAUCAAGGCUAUUCAUAAUAAAUUAUUUAAUCAUUAUAGAAAAUGAAAGUCACGAUAAAAAGUUGGACUGGUGUUGCCACCUGGCGUUGGAUAGCGAAUGAUGACAAUUGUGGUAUAUGUAGAAUGCCUUUUGAUGCCAGUUGUCCUGAUUGUAAAAUUCCAGGAGAUGAUUGUCCUUUAGUCUGGGGCCAAUGCUCACAUUGCUUCCACAUACACUGCAUCAUGAAGUGGUUGCAUUCCCAACAAACCAGUCAUCUCUGUCCGAUGUGUCGUCAAGAAUGGAAGUUCAAGGAGUAGCUGGUUUGCCGAUAGUCCCGCAGGUGUCAGCACGCAACGAAUAAUCAGGUAAUGUGCAUUGUGCGUUGCGUAUACUGAGAAAAUUUUGUUUGAAACAAACGGUUUUAUCGAUUCCUAUUCGACGAAAACGUUAGUAGAAUUCGCAUUGUUUCUUCUUCGCAUUUUACAUGUAUUCUUACAUAUUCUUUUCAACCUUUCUUUGUCUAGUUAAAUUUUAUGUAAUAAAAUAUGAAAGUGAGAUAAGAUUGCUUAGAAAUAAAUUACGUCAUAUAUAUUUCUCUUGAGAAAAUUUGCCCGCACUCAUUUCUAUGACUUCGCUUUUAUUCUGAAAAGCUCGUUUAAAUCUACGCGACCUCGAUCUUUCCGUUUGAAUCGAGAAAUAUUUUUUGUUUGCAUUGCAAAUAUCGAUCGACAAAGUAGUUCGAUGAAAUCAUUGCCAGAAGAUUUGAAACGAAAAGUAUAACUAAAAUAUUUUGAUGGAAUAUAUGAUGUAGAUUGCAUUGAACUGUUUGUGAACAGGUAACGGUGCAUCUUGUUGUAAUAAAGAGAUUCUUGUAUUGCGCACUUAUGUAACACUAUUUCACGAGCAUUCAUCGCAAUGCGAUAUCAUCAAAGAAAUUUUUUUCAGUUAUAUGAUAUUUGAUUCAUAAUUUAUGAUUCGCGCAUCUUUAACGCAUUUACUUAUGACGAACAACAAUUGUUAUUUAAUGCCAUCUAAUAUUAUUGAAGUGAAAUUAAAUAUAUCUUUGCGGGACAUUUAGACAAUCGAAUCAUACAAGGGAAAUGAUCGAUAAAUUUAUUUUUUUCUUUAUUAUGCAACAAACGCAAAUUUAUCAAUAAUUAGCUUCUAUGGAAUAUAAUGUUACGAUGCAAACGCGAUGAUUUGAGCUCCUACCAAAAGAAUUGAGGUGAAAGUAGAACAAGUAGCUUUUGUGUACGUCGGGAAACAGAGUGUGAACGAAAUUCAAAUAUAUAUAUUCGCGCAGUCAUCGCAUGGCGAUGAUUUUUUUUAAAUAUAUUUCAAAUAAAAUUAUGAUUUAAAUAAUAUUUAAUAUAUAAUAUUUAAGAAUAUUAUAUCUAUUUGUUUAGUUCAGCAUUUUAGACUAGAAAGGAUGAUAUUAUCAUAUAUCUGUCUGCUAUUCAUUUUGAAAUUUGCAACUAUUCACUAUUGACAAGUUAUUUCAUAACAAUUCGAAAAGUCUUAAUUGUUUCUUUUCUGUUUAUUUUUUUUCCAUUUCACUAUCGCAUUAUUUUCUUUUUCUUUUCUUUCAUUUUUAAAAAAAAUCUUGCUAAUGGGUUACUUAAUGUCACCUAAUGUCUCAAUUUAAACGAAGAGAAAAGUGAAGAAAUAUGCAUCUAUAAUAUUUUUUACGGUAUUUUCAACGAUCAGUAACAAAAGAAUUACGAAAGUUCUACAUACAUAUAUGUAUACAUAUUACUUUUUCUUAACAUACCGCAAAUCCCAUUCAUCGAUUCACUUCGUUGCACUACUUUCUUUCUCUACUUGCUUCUUUUUUUCGAUACUCUGUAAAGGUGUAUUUAUCUCUCGCAAUUACUUGUUUCCUCCGCGUUUCCUUCGACCCAUUCCGCGCUCUAACUAUAUAUCGUUUUGGCUUACUCAUCCUUUUUCCUCGUAUCGUUUGCGCUCACGUCUUUUCCUCCGUGUCUCUUGCAUAGCACGCGUAAUUGUACACGUAUACACACGCGUCGAUCACUCUCGUCCUGCUUUUUACACUCCCUCUUUUACCUCUCUAACCCCUCGAAUCCCACUGCCUGAUUCCCCUACUCAUAAUUCCCUUCUCUUUCUAUCAUAUACAAACAGCAUAUACGAACGACGAGGUCCAUUCGCUUGUUCACAAAUAGCGACAGAUUCGAAGUACUACUUUAGAUCUAUCUACUAUUCCGAGUACUUUUGAACAGUUAGAUGGCUAAAAAGUUUUCAAAGAAAAAAAGUUAAGAGAUCUAAACAUAGUCGAUUUCGUUACAUUCUUUACAUAGUGUAACUCUAUCAUUUUUUCUUUCUCGUGUAAAUUUAUGAAAAUCGCGUUGUUAGGUUCAAAUCUGUCAGUCUCUCCAGCAUGUCCUUUUGCCAACAUACCAAUACACUGGCGCGUACCAUCGAACACACGUACAUGCGAUCGGGAGAGAUAGGCACAAAGGUUCGGCGUAGCACGUCCACUGCCUACUCGAGAACUCGGGCUAGAGCUCGAGCUCUCGAGCCCAGUCACGUGGUUCUUCGAACACGAAGGAUGUUUGUCGGGAUCGCGAAGUCAGUUAGCUGUAGUCCGUUCAACGGACAACAGAGAGGGAAACGGAUUAUAGAACGUGCUAUUGCUGGUGGACCAUUGGACGGACCAUAGAGGGGAAAGAAGGGUUCAGGGGACAUAACAUAGGAGACGAUAACGGAUCGAGGAUACCACGGACCGAGUUUCUUCAACCGAGUCCUCGCCGGUCUAACGUGUCACCUUCUCUUCGCCUCACCUCGUCUCACCUCACGAAGCCUCACCUAACCUCACUAUACCUCACCCCACUUCACCUCAACUCACCUCACCGCACUAUACCUCACCUCGCCUCACCUCAUCUCACCUAAGCUUACCCUACCUCGCUUCGCCUCGUCUUACCUCACCUCGCCUCGCCUCACCGCCUCGCCUCGCCUCGCCUCGCCUCCUCUCACUUCACCUCGUCUCACCUCGCCACAAUUCGCCUCAACUCGCUUCAACACGACUCGCUUCACAUCGCGGCAACGUUUCGCGCUUGUUUCGCGUUUAAAUAAUCGGGCGUCUUUGAAAAUGUCGCGCGUUCCACAAGUCGAACCAGUGUUAUCCCGUGAAACUGUGAAUCAUGAAAACACUCGUAUCAUCGCGUCGAUGAUUAACUGUUAAAUUAUUUAUUGGUGUUUUUUCUUCGAGAAAACGUAUCGUUCGUAUACAUCGGUAUAAAAAAAAAAAAGAGGAAGAAAACAAGGAAUGGAAUAAAAUUCGAAGGGGAUAAAAUUGAAACGAAAGAGGAAUUACGAAUAAACAUCUAUGGUGCAUCGGCGCAUCUGCCUUCAUUGCGUAUCGCGUCAAUGUUGUUCGCGUGGCGAACAUCAACAUCCAUGGAACGCAAAAACGUGACGCGGAUCAUUCGAUGAGCAAUUUGAUUGUUUAAUUUCAAAUUGCAACUUAACGUUAUCGAUCGAGGAGAAUAACAACUCCUGGUUUAAUUGUCUUGGUUAAUUAUAACCUGUUAUAUUAUAUUUUCAACUUUUAAUCACGAAUCGCUUAUCGUUUAUCGUAUCAAUCGAGAAACCGGAGAUAAUCGAGAUUAUUCGUUAUCACGAAUAAAUUUCCAGGCUUGAGUAUUCGGAUAAAGUCGAAAUGUUCGCGGAACGAUGAGUAGAUAGAUAGAUAGAGAGAGAGUGAAUUUGAAGAGAUCACGAGCGAAAUGCAAUUGGCAGCGACGCAAAGGCCUCACCCACCACCAGUGCCGCCACGACCCAGUCGGCAGGUGGUCGCAGAAGCCCUUAAAAGAUCACCAAGGCCGCCCUGCCCGACCAGGCAGGCCCCACCACCGCCCAACACCAAACCGUGGAGAUCCGAUCGAGAUCGGGCGAACAAUCGGCAACAGGUGUAUCCCGCUCCUGUUGGACGCACGCUUGUUUACGAAUCUUCGAUCAAAGAGUCGUCGCUUCCCAAAGAAGCCAACAACGAAAGCGGCGGCGAUUGCGAUUCGCCGGCCGACAAGAAUCGCGAACCCGUUUCUCGAGCCGCGAGUGAAAGGCGCGCGGACGAGGACGACUGGCGUGGAAAUUCGCGGGAAAGGCGGCACCGCGUACCCGACCAGGAACAUCGGCCAAAUUCCGCUGAAUCGAGCCCCAACACCGACGGCGCCGUUUCUUCCUCGCCGCGAGAGAAAGAGGAUCGCUCGAGCCCGUGUCAUUCCGCUCUGCUCGAACGUGUGUCCUCUAAAGAACGCUCCUUCAAUGGAGCAAUCACCACUGGUGAGAGAUCGCCGGUAAGUGAGAAGUCGAUAAGCAAUAUCGACAGAACGACUGGGAGCGAGAAAGCGAGAAUCGAGUCAGAGCCGACUUCUCGCGCGAAGGAAUCGACCGAUUGCGACAACGAUGCCAAAAUUACUGGGAUCGAGUCGCGCGUGGCUCUGGACGAGGUACAGUGUUGUCACAUUUCGCCCGACGUUUCGGAAUCGAAGAAAAACGGGGAAAGGGGAGGCCUAAGUUUUUCAGAGAGAACGCAAUGCUCGGAGAAAAGCAAAGCCGAUGGCUCGGCGCGGCCAACGCCAACCCAGAGAUCGUGUCUCGUGAAAUAUCGAGACGCGGCGAGGAAAAGCGCGGAAACUUCCACUACGAUCCAAUCUUCGGUUUCGAACGUUGACCGUGCUACAGUGGUUGUUAUCGACGAAUCGGACCGUAAAGCCGCAUCCAACGAUCAUCCUGAUCACUGUGACGAUCGCAAUCACGACGUCAAGCAACACAACAGCAGCGGCAAGGAUGCGGAGAAUGACAAAGACAACGACAACAUUCAUCGACAAGAUUGGUUGGAAGCCGGUGUUCACUAUUCGUCCACGCAGAUCAGAUUGUCCGGAGAAGAUGGCGACGUUAUUGACGGAAGUCGAGUCAAUGGAUUUGAUCGUUGUGAAAACGAGAAAUUCGGGGACUUUAACGUUCCAAGGUAGUUCACCGAUUAAUCAUCGAUGUAACGUAAUUUUAAAGAAGUUUGAUCGAUCGAUACUGACGUGUUGAUUAAUCGUGUUGAUAUAUUUUACUGUAAACAAACUUGAUAAUUGCUUGUAAAACUAUUGCAACAGUUGAUUUGUAUAUAAUAUCCGGUGUAUACAAUAAUCCAGUGAUUCGAUUCAUCAAGAGUUCCUCGUGUUACACGAUUACACAUUUUGCUUUGACGAUUUAAUUGCGUGAUAAAACGAGUGGCAAAGGAAAAAUAAAAGAACGUGCAAAA